AUGUUGCGACUACUUCUGUCUGCUCUUCUCUUGUCUUCAGGCGUGUUGGCAUCCCCACAUCCUGAUCUAUCAAUUGAUGAACGGGCUGCCGGUACUGCUACUGUUGUUCUUCCUUCUGCCACCGUUCUUGGUAAUGUCAUGAACAAGGUUGAAUCUUUCGGAGGCAUUCCAUAUGCAGAAGCGCCUGAAGGCAAGCUGCGUUUGAGACCCCCAAAACGACUACAGAAAUCGCUUGGCACGUUUGACGCAACCGGCCCAGCAGGUGCCUGCCCUCAGAUGGUGUCCAGUACAAAGAGCAAAGACGUAUUAUUUCAACUCCUUGGCUCCAUUGCAAACCUCCCAUUUGUGCAGACAGUGACUGGGCAAUCGGAGGAUUGUCUGACUAUCACUGUGGCACGACCUGAAGGUACUAAGGCCAAUGCUAAGCUACCUGUCCUGUUCUGGAUCUUUGGUGGUGGGUUCCAGUUGGGUUGGUCCUCCAUGUACGACGGAACGGGUUUGGUCAACUACGGUGUCGGACUUGGACAACCCUUCAUCUUCGUCGCUGUCAACUAUCGUGUUGGAGGAUUUGGCUUUCUUCCCGGCAAAGAAAUACAAGAUGAAGGCUCCGGCAACCUCGGUCUUUUGGAUCAGCGGAUGGGCCUUGAGUGGGUAGCAGACAACAUCGCCGCUUUCGGAGGAGACCCAGAUAAGGUGACUAUCUGGGGAGAGUCUGCGGGAGCUAUCUCGGUCUUUGAUCAGAUGGCACUCUAUGACGGAGAUCAUACGUACAACGGCAAGCCUCUCUUUCGAGGCGCUAUCAUGAACUCAGGAAGUGUUGUGCCAUGUGAGCCACUCGACGGUGUGAAAGGACAGGCCGUCUAUGAUCAAGUCAUUGAAACGGCGGGAUGCGUCGGCAAAUCAGACACGCUUGACUGUUUGCGAAACCUCGAUUACACCGAUUUUCUAAAUGCAGUCAAUUCGGUCCCGGGGAUUCUCUCUUACAACUCUUUGGCCCUUUCUUAUCUCCCACGCCCUGAUGGACGCACCCUUACAGCAUCGCCAGAUGUUUUAGCUCUGAACCGCAAAUAUGCCGCUGUCCCGAUGAUCAUCGGCAACCAAGAGGACGAGGGCACUCUCUUCAGCAUUUUCCAGUCAAAUUUGACAUCUGAUGAGAAGCUUGUCACUUAUCUUAAAGACUACUACUUUCAUGCUGCAACCGCUCCCCAGCUGAGGGACCUAGUCCGUACCUACGGCAGUGGUCUUGGUGCUAUCACCCAGAAUAGCCCCUUCCGCUCAGGCAUUCUCAACGAGAUCUUCCCCGGGUUCAAAAAGCGAGCUGCUAUACUGGGUGAUCUCGUCUUUAUCCUCGCUCGGAGACUCUUUCUGCAAGCAGCUACAGGAGUCAAUGGAGAUGUGCCUUCUUGGGCCUACAUGUCAUCAUACGAUCAGGGAACUCCGGUUUUGGGCACAUUCCACGGUUCAGAUCUCAUUCAAGUAUUUUAUGGGAUCAAGGACAACUAUGCGGCCCGCAGCAUUCGUUCGUAUUACAUCAACUUUGUCUACUCGCUUGACCCCAACGCUGCUUCUAACGCGAAAUAUCCAAGUUGGCCACAGUGGAAGAAUGGGCACAAGUUGAUGCAGUUUUUCGCUGAUAAAGUCACUAUCAUCAAUGACGACUUCCGCUCGGCAAGCUAUGAUUGGUUGGUCAAAAAUAUUGCCUCACUCAAGUUUUAA